CUUCAUGCCAACUUGAAAACUAAAACAGAACAGUGUACUACCGCUCUUCGAACAAGUAGUUUCUCGGGAUAAAUCGGUUUUCAGUACGUUCAGUGGCCGGUUGAAGAAGUCUGUUUGGCGUAUAUUUCUCUUCGGAGACGAGGAUAUGUGACAAAAACCUGGCGACCGUUUCGAAGAAAAUUGAAAAAAUAGACUGAGAAUCCAGGAUAAGUAGUGUAAAAACAAAGAGACGAUCGUGACAUAGUAACAGUGAAGAAUGACGACGUUUUGUCGUAUAACUGGUAAAAGCAGGGGUCUUCCUAAGCCCAACUAUUUUCCGUUAUUGCCACCGAUUUCACCCGCGGAUGCGAAACGCUUCUGCCGCAUCACAGGAAAAGCUUACGGCCUUCCAAGCCAUCAUUAUAUACCAGUGCUUGUGAGCAAAGCUCGAAACAAAAAGAAACAUUCGGAAAAACCUCACGUUCUCAUCGCUGGCUACCGGUAUGUCUUCCCCUGCCUGAAAGACGCGCCUACUCUGAUCCAGCUUUUAGAAGAGAAAGAGGAAAUAAGUGACGGUCGGUAUGUUUAUGCCGUGAAAGAGAGGAAAUACGGUUUAGUGUUUUCCGCAAAGCUUGAGAAAGCCGUUCGUGACGGCGACGUGCGAGACGUCAUGCUCGCCAAAGACGCCGACACUGUACUUUUGAAAAUGAAAAAAGGUGGUGAUAUUUCCGUAGAAGUGCGAGCAUUGGAUCUUCAAGAAAUCGGAGAUCUUUUCGAGGGGCAAGGGAUAACGACAGUCGUCAAAAAGAAAAAACCUACUUGUACAGACUCCAUAAGAAAAAUUUUCGAAGACAAGGAAAUCGCAUCCGAACAGGAAGCGAUAGAAGCAGAAAGACCUCGCAAGAAAGCCGCCAAAGGGGUGAGGAGUUGGAAGAACGUAGAACCUACGCACAUUGAUAACGUAGAAAAACCGUCUUUUGAUAAAUGGGAGUGGAAAAAUUUUGAAGCGAAUGGAAUCGAAGGCCAAACGAUUUCCACGCCAGCACCUAUAUCUCUUAAACCGACUUGUGUUGACUUGAGUGUAUCAACGCCCGGUAUAAUCCAGCAACCUUACAUUUCCGACGAAUAUACUAAUCUGCAAACGGCCCAAAUCGUAGCACCUUUCAAGCCGUUGAAACUAGAGGUUGAUUCGACGCUUGUCCAAAACGUUAUGAAUAUGUCUGCAGAUAAACUUGAAAAAACGACAAUCUGUGAAAUUUCACAUGAUGACCUCCCUCAACUUCAGGACGUGAGGGAACUCGUAGAACUGAUAGAUCAAGGAACAGUUGUAGAGAAAAACGGAACACAGGGAAUUGAAGUGAAACGAGAAAACUCUUUUAAGUUCAUCGUAGGUCAGACAGUCGAGACGUCUAAAGGGUCGCAAUUCAUCCCAGGACAGACGAUGCAGAGUCCAUCUGGGGAAAUGUUCGUCCCGGGUAUAGUCACUAUCACAGAAAACGGUCCUAAAUUACUCCCAGGAUUGGUGAUCCCUGUCGAUGGGAAAAACGAAUUUAUCGCAGGUCAAAUUACUCUCACUUCAUCGGGAGAGAAGUUCGUCGCCGGACAGCAUAUUCAAACGAGCGAAGGCGUCAAAUUCCAACCUGGACAGACUGUUUUGACCGAAGACGGAAUAAAAUUUAUACCGGGACAAAUUCUAGACGACCGUUUCAUUCCGGGUCAGACAGUGACUACUGAAUCUGGGCCUCAGUUUAUUGCAGGUCAGACAAUCGAAUCCGUGAACGGUACGACGUUGAUUCCUGGUCAGAGUAUGUGGUCAGAGGACGGCUGGCAGUUCGUACACGGUGUCACAAUGACUGUGGAUUCUUGCAGCAAAUUCGUCCCCGGCCGAUACGUAACGGAUCCUGAGAGCAAAGAGUUGACAUUUAUUCCAGGCCAGUACGUGAAUGAAAACAACAGAGAGGAAUUUGUGCCGGGCGUCACGGUAAACGACAACGGCUUGAAGUUUAUAAACGGGAUGUCGAUAUCGACUCCAGAGGGUCAUAAGUUCGUCCAGGGACGAGUCGUAAGCGGUCCUACUGGAAACAGAUUCGUUCCAGGCACUAGUCAAACGUUGGAUGGAGAAACGAUAUUCUCACCAGCGAAGGAAACGAACGAAUUGGCCUACAUCGAUUCCGAAAUUUCUUUUCAACCUAUAUCACCAGCUAUUACAAACAUAUUACCGAAAGGGCUUUAUUCGGAAGGGGUGUAUGGGCACAUGGUCCAGUCGUCUCACGGAGUGGAGUUUUUUCCUGGACCUGCAACUUCUUUACCAGCUGGCAAAGUUGUUCCUGGAAAAUUGAUAAGAGGGGAAGAAAUGAAAUUCGUUCCAGGGUUGAUGAUAGAAGACAGUUUCAUCCCGGGGCAAGUCGUCAUGACAGAUCGCGGGGAGCAAUUCAUCCCCGGGCAGGUAAUAGAAACGGCCGAAGGUCCCAAGUUCGUCCCAGGGCAGAUAAUCCACACGUCAGAAGGUGCCAAAUUUGUCCCUGGGCAGGCAGUUGAAACGGAAGAAGGGCCGAAAUUCGUUCCCGGUCAAAUUGUGGAAACGAAAGCCGGGCCUACAUUUAUCCCAGGCCAGGUUAUUUUCACAGACGAGGGCGGUUCGAAAUUUGUUCCCGGGCAAGUCGUAGAAACGAUCGAAGGUCCGAGAUUCGUCCCUGGACGAGUUAUCGAAACAGGUGAUCAUGUGACGUUCAUCCCCGGCCAAGUGGUCGAGACGUCUGAAGGACUGCGCUUCGUCGCGCAGGAUCUUUCAGGAGAAAACGGAAACAGCGAGUUUACAGUACAAGGAUUUGAAAUAUCGCCAGAGGAAUUGAAAUUGUUACAGCCUAUGCUUACCGGGGCAAACGCCGUCGACGCUCGAGAAAUGACCAUCGAUUCUAGAAUGCUAAGGCAACUUUCAGAAGCCGGUAUGGCUAUAGGAAGACAAGUCAAUGUCGAUAUACCCCAGGUCAACGUUAAAAGCGCUCCAGCUAUGAGCACGGCGUGUUCUCUCGCCCAAAAAUUCAAAUUAGACCCUGUCACAACGGUUAAACUGAGCGAGAUAAUCGCAGCAGUCGUACAAAUCGGCAAGCUUGGAGAAAUAAUAGGAACAUCUGAAGAAAUCAAAGUCCUCAAUGGAAUCUUGGAGAGAGUAGUUCAUUGCAAAAACAACGAAGAAGCUUAUAAGCUCAUAUCGAAUAUAAUUGAAAAAGAAUUUAACUCAAAUAUGUUGAACGGUGUUGAUAAACUACACUCAUACAUCACAUCGUCAGAAUCGCCGUUGAGAAAGUUGAACAAAGUCAAUGUGAUGAAGGAAGUUUUGAACUGUCAUGUAAAAACGGACGAUUUGUUGGACAAAUUUGCCAUUGUGAUGAACGAGGAAGAUGACAACGUUAGCGUCGCCCUCCAAUACUUUUCCGAAGUCCAACCGGAAAUCCUAGAUUCAAUCGUUCAACGGUUUUCGGACACGGUCGGGAAAUUGGAAGGCGAGAAAGAAGUCGUCGAAACUCUCCAUCGCGCUAUCGUCGCGACCGUCCGCGAAUCCUCGGAACAGAGCAUAGUCGAUCUUUUGAAAAACACGGAAAACCUCGAUCUGAAAACGUUGAUCCUGGAAGCAGUUGGGCUCGCUAAGGCUCUCGACAUGCACGACACGGCCGUCACGCUCCUUGGCAUUUUGUCAAACCCGAAAUGCACCAAUAUAUUAGCCGGUGAUAGGGUCACUCUGGAAAUACUCAGGCGAUUGACAGUUAUGAGGAAACUGGCCGAAAGAAGGCCGGAAUUGCUAGCGGCAUUGAAAAACCUACAUACAGAUCCGUACCGUGCCAGAACCGACCCAGCACUCCGACAGCUCGUCAAGGAGAGCGCUGCCCUUCUCGUCAUUCCGGAAGAAGGGGUCACUUCUAAAACCAUACCCACUUCACUUUUCUUCUCCCAGAACUCUCUAGCCAUGGAAGAAUUCCUUUACAAAACAAAACGCGUUUUCAGCAUACUCGUCAUCAUCAAAAACGGGAUACAAGCUAUUAUACCGAGGGAAGCGUCACAUUCCGUACUGACGGGCUCUGUUCCUUACGUCGUCCUGGAUGAAAAAGGGCUGCAUUAUUUUCAACCGAAACAUGUUUUCAGUGCUUUGAGACUUCCCAAAAUAGCCACUCAUUGGUUUUCUCUAUACAAGUGUGAAUUAAAAGAUGUACUCACUAAUUAGCCUUUCAGUUUGAUUGAAUUUGUACUUACUUAAACAUAUUGUGAUAUUUUUUUAAUAAUCGAACUAUUUAAAAAAAGUUCAGGCUUAUCAAUCUUAGACUUUAAAAAAAACAAGU